AUGCAGAAAUUUCUUAAACGGAUGCGAGUUACUGAAUCCUCGUAUCAUACGAACAUAUUGUACUAUGUUAUUAUUAUCGGUGUUCUUUGGACCUAUUCUAUAUACAGGAUAGGUGCUGAACCUGAAGAAGUGGAUAUCCGCGCACGGGCACGCGACAUCGGUAUCCAAAUCGGGAGCCUUCCAACUGGCAUUCACAAUGCCAUCACCGAUGUCGCUGGUGUGAAGGUAGGGCAUGUAACUCUGAACGAAGGCGAUUCGAUUCGCACCGGUGUCACCGCUGUCAUUCCGAGUGAUGAUAUUUGGACAGCGCGGCUGUUCGGCGCAGCAUAUACUAUCCACGGCAACGGUGAAGCAACUGGUAUCGCCCGUAUUAACCAAGCUGGAUGGAUUGAAUCCCCCAUUUUACUCACAAAUACGCUUAGUGUCGGAGCAGUUCACGAUGGUGUUGUUCGGUACAUUGUGAAAAGGUAUCCUGACAACAAUAUUGUGCUGCCGAUUGUAGCAGAGUGUUACGAUGGCGGUUUGAAUGACAUCAGUGGACUCCAUGUUACAGCGCAACACGCGAUUGAAGCCAUUGAAAAUGCCACGAGUGGUCCCGUGGUCGAAGGCUGCGUUGGUGGUGGCACCGGCAUGCGAUGCUACCAGUUCAAAGCUGGUAUUGGUACUGCUUCCCGUGUUCUGCCUGAAGAACAGGGUGGAUGGACAGUAGGUGUACUCGUUAACUCCAAUGGAGGUCGGCGGCAUCAAUUACGAAUUGAUGGUGUCCCAGUUGGCACGGAAAUUACUGGAUCCCCACCGAAACUGGGUAGAGACGGAUCAUUUAUUAUUGUUAUUGCGACAGAUGCACCACUAACGCACCGCCAAUUGAAGCAGUUAGCGAUCCGCGCAACACACGGACUCGCUCGCACAGGGACACCGAGUACGGAUGGUAGUGGCGAAUUCGUCAUCGCGUUUUCCACUGCGAAUAUCUUUCAACGUAGGACCGAAACUGGCACCUUUCAAAUCGAGAUGCUCGUCAAUGGACGUUUAAGUUCACUCUUCCAAGCAGUGAUUGAAGCAACAGAGGAGGCUAUUGUCAACUCAAUGACAAUGGCGACGACAACCACUGGACGCAACGGCAGAACGAUGCACGCGAUUCCCUUGGCAGAACUACAAAAGGUAAUGAAAGCCUACGGACGUUAA